GGGCUUUUGCUCAAAACAGUGAUGGUGAUGAAGCUCUAAAUCAAUAUAGGAGAAUGAAGAGAGAUGGUUUUUCAGCAAAUCAAUCUACACUGACCAGUGUUUUGAGAGCCUGCACUUGGUUAGCCCUACUUGAAGUGGAGAGACAAGUGCAAGUUCAUGUGUUUAAGUUUCAUCAAGAUUUGAUACUCAACAAUGCACUUUUGCAUAUGUACUGCAAGUGUGGUGGUUUGGAAGAUGCAAAGUUCGUCUUCAAUUGGAUGGCAGAGAGAGAUGUGAUCUCUUGGAGUACCAUGAUUGCAGGAUUAGCCCAAAAUGAGCAAAGCCAAGGUGCACUAAAAUUUUUUGAGUCAAUGAAAGUUUCAGGAAUAAAGCCAAACUAUAUUACUAUUCUUGGGGUUCUGUUUGCUUGUAGCCAUGUUGGCCUUGUGGAAGAAGGAUUGUACUAUUUUCAAUCAAUGAAAAACCUUUUUAGGAUUGAUCCUGGAAAGGAACACUAUGGUUGUAUGAUCGAUCUUCUUGGAAAGGCUAGGAAGCUUGACGAGGCACAGAAUUUGAUGCAAGAAAUGAAAUGUGAACCAAAUGCUGUGAUAUGGAGAACUUUACUUGGGGCGUGCAGGUUGCUAUGGGCUUGGCUAUUCAUACCAACAGCAGGACAGCUUCUUUGCGGGCGUUCCCUGAAUUGGAGCAAGGCAAAGGCUGAAUCUGGGUCUCUUAAGCUUCACCAAGCUUUGAGUGCCUUCCACUCCAUGAUUCGUAGGCGCCACUUGCCUUCUAUCUGGGCUUUCAAUCAUCUGCUUGGGGAUGUUUCCAAAAUGAAAGAGUAUUCUACUGUAGUUUUCAUGUCUAAACAGUUGUUGAGUUGUGAUAAAAUCAAACCCAAUAUCUGUACAUUGAACAUUUUGAUCAAUUGCUUCUGCAAUUUGAACAAGGUGGAUUUGGGUUUCUCUGUCUUGGCAGUGGUGGUUAAACGUGGUCUUCAACCUAACCCUUAUUCUAUGAAUCCCCUGCUUCGUGGGCUCUUCAUGGAGUGGAACACUCACCAGGCACUUGGUCUAAUCAGAGAGACGAAUGGUACUGGUACUGGAUUGUUUAAAGUUAACGUGGUAUUGUAUAAUUCGUUGAUUCAUGGGUUGUGUGCUGAGGGGAAGCAGGAAGAAGCCAGGAGCCUUUUGACUGACAUGAUUGAAAUGGGAAUUUCUCCAGAUGAGUACACCUUCAGCACUCUGAUUAAUGCUUUUAUUAAGGAAGGGAAGACCAAAGACGCAAUCGUUCUAUUUGAUUCAAUGUCUCAAACAGACAUAAAGCCUAAUGUUGUAAUCUAUAACUCUUUGGUUUGUGGUUUGUGCAAGUCAGGUGAAUGGAGACAGGCCAAAGAGUACCUAGAAAACAUGAUUAAUUGUGGAGUCUUGCCUAAUGUCUUAACAUUAAGUUCAAUGAUAAAUGCUUUGUGCAAAGAAGGCCAGAUGACUGAAGCUGUCCGAAUGAAGAAAGUAAUGGAUUUUGUCAAACCGGAUGUGGUCACCUACACCUCACUGAUUCAUGGAUUUUGUCAUUCAGGUCAAUGGGGGGAAGUUGCAAGCUUGUUUAAUGAAAUGAUGAAAGGAGGAACCUUGCCAGAUGUGGUAACCCUGAGUUCCAUAAUUGAUGCUUUUUGCAAGGAAGGGAGAACCAAAGAAGCCCUUGGCAUGAUGGAGCAAAUGAAUGAAAGGGGUUUGAAGCCCAAUGCUAUUACUUACAACUCAUUGUUAAAUGAGUUAUGUCAUUUAGGCCAAUGGAAAGAAGCCACAAACUUGUUUAAGAAAAUGAUGGAAGAAGGGAUCCUGCCAGAUGUGGUAACUUUCAGUUCUGUAAUUGAUGCUCUUUGCAAGGAUAAAGAAAUUCAAGAAGCUCGUGCUGUAUUGGAGCUAAUGAUUGAAAGGAUUUUGGAACCUAAUAUCAUCACUGACAACUCAUUAUCAUGUGGAUUGCGCCAUUCAGGACUAUUGAGGGAAGCAGCAAACUUUCUGGAUGGAAUGGUCAACCAUGAUAUCUUACCAGAUGUUGUAACUUUUAACAUAUUGUUGGAUGCUAUUUGCAGAAAAGGGAUGAUGUCAAAAGCUCAUGAAAUUCUUGAUAUGAUGAAUCAGAAAGGAGUGAAGCCUGACUUAAUUACUUUUAGUCUCAUAAUUCAUGGUUAUUGUUUGCAAGGGGAAAUGGAAAGGGCAGUUGAUGUCUUUAACUCACUAGAAACUAUGGGUUUGCUACCUGAUUUAGUUUGCUAUACCAUAUUGAUCCAAGGAUAUGUGAAGUGUAAUAGAAUCAAUGAUGCAUUCAGGCUUGUUAUAGAAAUGACAAAGAUGGGAAUUAUGCCUGAUGUCAUAACUCGUAAAGCUUUGCACAGCUUGAAAAGGUUGUGAUAGUGGUCACAGGUGAAAUGCCUAGGACAAUCUUCUGAAGCUUUUGAUACAAGGGGCAUCUAGUGGCUUUGGCAUCAAAAGUGAACAUAUUCUUGCCAUGCAUGGUGUCCGUGUAAUUAUGGUGGUAUGAGAUAUGGUUGCUGGUAAAGAUGUAAAAGAAGCAAUUGUUAAGGAAAUCUCUUCUGCUAAAGUUGAUGUCAUGGAGUUGGAUCUCAGCUCACUGGCAUCUGUGAGGAAAUUUGCCUCAGAUUACAAUUCCUCAGGUCAUUCAUUGAACCUCCUGAUGUAAGAAAAAGGAAACCUGGGGACUCCUUUCAAGCUUUCCAAAGACAGUAUUAGAACUUCAUUCUGCCACAAAUCACCUGGGUUAUCUUCUUUUGGCAAAUCUCUUGUUGGACGCAAAUAAAAACAGCACAUCAAAGUAAAAGAGAAGGAUGAAUCGUAAAUGUCUCACCAGAUGGUCACCAUUUCCCUUUCACAUAUUCUGAGGGUAUUCAUUUUGAUAAGAUCAAUGAUUGAUCAGGUUGUUAUUCAUCUUUUCUACGUUACCUACAACUGAACAGAUAAAGUUUCACGUGUCCGUUGUCAUCCUGUGUGGGCUCCUGUACACCAGUUUAAUGUAACAAGCAAUCCAUAAAGAAGCAUAUUUGUCAAAAUUUAAUUUGAUCAAGUGUCUACUAUACUUCCAUUGAUUCGUUUUUCUCCCAGAAUUGCAUCAUUAUGAAAAUUUUGGUUUCAAAAUUGCAGUACUCAGUGAGUUGAAACCAGAACUGGAUUGAGAAUUUUGCAUUUUAGUGGGACAAAAUCAGCUGAGAGUCACAGAAAGAGCAACUCCGGAGCUCUGUCCCUGAAUUGUUCUUCUUUU